AAACCUUAUCUUUUUUAUUUAUCAAUACUUAUUGUUAAAUUUAAAUGUCGAUAUCGAGUAUCACACGCGAGUUCCGCUUGUAAUAAAAUGUCGUUUAGAUAUGAUAGAGUAUAGUAGCCGGUGAUUGUUUACAGUUCAUGUAUGAAGUUAUAUUGUUAAAUAUUGAAUCUCUUAUUUUGUGGUUCAGUAUUAAUUUAUUAAUCUGAAGAAACAUCACCAUUGUGAAGCUUGUGACGUUUGGUCAGGUGUUUUGCUGAAAUUAUGAAUGAAUUAGUCUGACUAGAGGUUAUGUGCACUGUCAGCUAUAGGAAACGCCCAAAGUGUCAAAAUAUAUUUAAUCCUGUAGAGGAUUAUCGCUGCAGUAAUGAGAGGUGGUGGUAUGUUCGAUGCCCAUGAGUUUGGCAAACGGAUACGAAGGUUUCUAGAUGGCAAUUAUUCAUACCGUAAGCUCCUUCUGAUCAUUGUCAUAUGUGGAGGUGCCCUACUCUAUCUCGGUCCAUCCUUUGCUCAGUGGCUCUUCUCCAGCAGUAGAGAACCCAUUGAAGUUUUUGAAGAUCAUUGUAUUAACGAAAGGCUUGCAAGUUUUUACUUUGAUGCUGCGGAAUAUAAUGCAAAUAUCUUGCACAAUCCUCCGUUAGAAGAAGAGCAUCAUUACUUACCAUAUAUUGGUAAUGGGGUAUAUGGAGUACCUAUAUCCUCAGAAGGCUGGUUGUACAUUAAGCAUGGACGCACUUUAUCUUUGGCUUUGCACUGGGAACCACUAAUUUCUCAUGUUAUAUCUAAAGGGACUUCUUAUCGUGAAGCUACUGUGACUCAUUUUACAACAGGAAUAGUAUAUAAGUAUCAGUGCCUUAGAGAUGGAUACUAUGUAGACUUUCAAUAUUAUGCUCAUAGAUCCUUUGAUGGAAUAUUAGUACAGGAUAUUAAAGUAGCCAAUCCAUCUGCUUUAUCUAAGGAAGUGCCCUUGACAGCUCAAACCUCUAUGCACUGGAAAGACUCUCAUACUGAAUCCAUUGAUAUUCAGGUAGAUGGUAUACGUCAGGAAUACAGUCUUACGUCAGGCUACGUAUCCCUGCCUGAGUCAGACAAAGUCAUAGUCGUUUCAAUAGUAUACAAAGUACCACCAAAGUCAGUACAAGUAAAAUCAAGAAGUUCGACAAAGCUUCAAUUUCUAACAAGUAUCAAAUACAGUAACCCAGUCUCAAAUGAACACUACCAGGUUGAACGAGAGUCAACUAAGAAGCAAGCUAUUGAUAUGAUGAAGAAGGCAUUGAUACGUCAGCAACGGGGUUUGAGGGAUGAACACGUCAAUACGUGGCAGCAUUACUGGCGUACAGGUCUUAGAAUCAGUGAUUCUAAGGCAAAGGAUGCGAUUAACGGACACAAGAUAAAUUCCACAAUGUACUAUGUAUUGUCUCAAGUACCUCGUGGUACUCCAGCCGUGGAGAAAAUCGUCGCUAACAAUGAGGGUUGUUAUCGAGGUCAUCACACCUUAGACGCUCCACGUUUAUGGAAAGAUACAUCAUCCAUUAGCAAUGUCAAUGAGAUAGUACUAGCAUGGCUGAUAACACUGGAGAAACAGGGUUGUCAUCAUUUGAUAACCGGUGGUCCAUCCGCAGUACAGCAAGCCAUUGUUCUGAGUCUUGGUGGUUUGCGAUUUAGCAAUCAACACCUGGAAUUUAAUAUCGAUCCUCAAUAUUUACACCGCGAUUAUUUAUUCAGACGAAUAAGCUAUGGCAACGUAACUCAUGUUAAUAUAUCCGUUGUGGUUGGCGAUGAUAAUCGUGCUGUUCUUGGAGUUGCUCUGGAUCGUAGCGACAGCAUCUACUUUGGUUGUGAUGCUGGCUGUUUAGAUGCUCCAGUACCUUUAACUCAGUCUUAUACCAAUUUUCCCGUGAAACUUACCACUCCGCUCACUGCAAUACUUUAUAUUACAUCUGAUCAUCAGCACAUGCAAGAUCUUCGAAAUGCAUUACAUGUGCAUGCAGUUGACGAAGCUCCUGCUCACGAUCAUCAUGUUAUAGCUUUGCACAAACAUGGUCAUCAGCUUGGCGGUCUGCCAACCUUCUUCUGGGUCAGCAUAUGUUUCCUAAUUAUAGUCUUUCACUUAUUCCUUUGUAAAUUGGUUUUAUCUGAAUAUAGCGAUCAUCAGGAUCGUCACCGUCUACGAUAUAGUAAACCAUGAUUAUUGUAUAUAAUCACCUUGUUAUUGGAAUAAAUAUAUUUUUAUAAAAGGAA